GUGAAGAAUACAUCAUAGGAAAGAAAAAAAAAUCCCUCAAGUGUUAUCUUCCCUGCAGGGUAGAAAUUUUACUGUACAAUGUGAACACUCCAGUUUCAAACAGCCGCUUUGCAUAGUGCUUCACGCAAAGUCCUUUCGCAGAUUCAUCAACGAGAUGAAACGCAGAAAGAUUGCCAUCGCCGCUGGGUUUUGCUGUUCAUUCUUCCUGGGCACUUUACUGAAUUUGUUAUUUAUCCCUGGAUUUGACCAUCACCAGCAGCAGCAGCAGCACCGUUUCGAGGGACCAGAGCAAGACCACCUCAGCAUCGCCCCGUCCACAUAUUUCAACCGGGUGACCGACCAAGACCUGUUGAAGCAACUGAGGGAGAGGUACCAGGAGGUUGUCCGCUAUCGGCAGCAGCCUGGCUCCACGGCGGCUGCAGGGAGGCUCGCCAGACCACUAGAGAGGCGCCUGAUGGACCUCGCACAGAACAGCUCCCCCGACCAACUGCAGCCCCAGCACCAGCCGCAACCACAGAGACACCCCGGUUUCCAGAAGAACCGGCCGCUGACUGCGCCUGGAGAAAGUACCUUCGCCUCCAGCAGCCCAGUUCGGUUCCAUUCGCUUCCCCUGGGCUGUCCGGAUAUUAAUAACGCGAGCAAUAUCCAUUAUUUAGGCUCCGGCUACACUAAAGCAGUAUACAAAGCGGUCCUGAAUGAAACGCUGGCAGUGGCCUUAAAGUCAGUGGACUUUGGAGGACACGACAUGGAGAACUGUGUCAAGCAGUACGGGGCACUGGAAGAUUGCUACAGACUAGCUUCAUACAAACUUGUCAAAGAGAUGACACUUUUACAACGGCUGCAGCACUCAAACAUUCUGAAGCUGUAUGGUUACUGUUAUCAGGACAGCAAUGACAUCGCAGACACAUUGACCACUAUCACAGAGCUUGGGUCUCCACUGGAGAUGAUUCAGCUUCUACAAACUUCAUGGGAGGAGAGGUUCCGAAUAUGUUUGAGUUUGAUACGUUUACUACACUAUUUGGCCCAUUCACCUCUUGGCUCAGUGACUUUGUUGGACUUUCGUCCUCGACAAUUUGUUAUUGUUGAUGGUGAACUAAAAGUGACGGAUUUGGAUGAUGCCAGUAUCAGUGACACACCCUGCUCAAGCAACAGUGACUGUUUUAUGGAAUUUCCAGCCCGAAAUUUCACUUUAAUAUGCUCCUUGGAGGGCAGAUGCCAAAACAUGAAUGAAAAACGGAAUCUCUACAAUGCCUAUAGGUUUUUCUUUACCUACCUCUUGCCACACAGUGCCCCAUCAAGUCUGCGGUCACUGCUGGAUACCGUAGUGAAUGCCACAGGGGAGUUACGCUGGGGUAUAGAUGAAACACUGACUCAGCUAGAGGAAGUUCUGUACCUGUUCAAGAGUGGGUUAUAUCUGCAGAAUGUCACAAGAAGCCAAACGUCUGAGUACAAACAAUUAGCCAAUGUUGCUGUCCCAGAUGAAAAUUAUCGGUGCUGGCCAUCUUAUCACCAUGAAGGCUGCUUGCUGUCUGUCUACGACCUUAAUGAGGCCAAGGAGAUAUGUGAUAACCAUUCUCAGUGCCAUGCCUUUGUUCUGACUAAUCAGACAACUUGGACAGGUCGCCAUCUUGUUUUCUUCAAAACCAGCUCAAAUCAUAUAGUGCCUGCUGCAGAGAAAAUAACAUUUGUAAAAGUGGCAAACUGAGUACCAGUUGAACCUUGGACACUCAAGAAUUUAUGCCAUCCUAGCAGGGAAUAAAAACCAAGGCCGACUGCAGGAUGAAGUGCUUCUGCUCUGGUGCUCGUGUCUUUUUCCUCCAUGGGGUAUCGUGUAAUGGAAUGAAAGGAAGGGUGAUCGGGAUCACCUGGAAAAUGUGCAAUACUGUGAGGGUGGAGGAUAGUGAGCAGAAGAAUAAUUGACAUGGGUAUGUGGCUUUCUAAUACAAGGUCACUGCCAUUUAUUUUGACAUUAUUUAAUCUGGAAAUCUCCUCCACUUCUCUUGUCACUGUUCAAGCACAGAAACCACCUCAGAAUGCUGAGAGAAAUAAGCCAAACCAUUAAGUCACUGUUCGGAGUAGAUGAGGAGGGCAUUUUGAAAGUGAUAGUAAUGGCAACAAUUCCAAAAUGUCAGGGUACAGAAAUAAAUUUAGUCACACUAAGCUCAGGCAUUUUCAAUCUUGGAAUCAUUUUUAUUUAUUGGUGUUAUUGUUCCCACCCUACCUAACUUGCUACACAGUGACAUCAUGCAAAGACUUGUUCCAAUCUUCACUGAUGUUAUUCCUAAUAGCUGAAAGGGGAAUUUAUGCAAAUAAUUGGGAAAUGGAUCCCCCAUUCCAAAUGCUUUCUCUAUCUGCCAAAAUCUCAGGGAAACUCAGGUUUGAGACCUAUCCCUUAAAGAUAGGUCUUUGGAAUACUAAUGAGUUCAGAAGAAAUUCUUCUUUUCUGCUAAAUUACCUUCAUGCCUAAUUCGAAGGCACUAAACUUUCCCAGUCACUUGACUAAUCUACUACCUAAUAACAAAACCAACAUUCAUCAAUUCAGUGCUGUUCAGUAACAUUAGCAGAGAAGGAGAACCUAAGAACGCAGGAAAAUUCAAGCAUUGAUAUACACCAAGAACACAAUCACAAGUGACGCAAGGUGUAUUUUGAAAUGUAUUUUCUGCGAUGGACAAAGUUUGUCUUGCUUAUUUGCUUUCAGUGAAAGUAUUGUUGAUGCAAUGACAUCUGUUAUGAUCCUUUCUAGCUCCAAGAGGUAAUUUUCCAGCAUGACAUUUCAGUGAGGGAGUAUCACCGAAUGGAUCUCAUAUUGGAAAUUGUGAUGUGCACUGUGCAUAAUUUCUUUGUUAUUGUCUUAUGGCAUCAUAUAACUCAUGCCUGAAUUUUUGAAAUGGAUGAGGCUUUCCACUGAGAGCGUAGAGGCAGAAAAUCACCUCUUUAGCAUUUUUUAAAAAUGUGAUAUACAUGUUUUAAUGCACAUUUAUUUAUUUUUUGGUAUUGAAACAGCAUUAAACUUGAUGAAGUGAG